AUGAAGAGAGGUAGAUAGAGAAAAGGGGAAGAUGGUGAGAGAAUGAAAAUUUCUGAAAGCAAUAGAAAAUCAGAAGAGAGGCAAACAGUGCAAAACUAUGUAAGGUACAGACAAUAGGAAAACUGUGUAAGGAAUAGAUAAUAGAAUAGAUUUUGGGGAGCAAUCAGAGGGAGAAAAUUACGGUAAGGGACUUAGGGAGGGCAUGAUAAGUAUAUGGGAUAGCAAUGGAAAAGAGAACUAGAAAUGCUUUAAAAGGAUGGGUAGAAAUAAAUUCUGAGCUGAUGGAAAGACAGGGGUUGAGGGGUGAAAAGACAGCAGCACAUGUUGCAUGAAUGGAUGUAAUGGGGCAGAGGCACACAGUGGUGUGUAUACAUAGAUGAGAAGGGGCACAAAAUGAAAGGGAUGUGUUGGAAAAUUGUGUCAGGGAUGGGGAGAAAUGUGAGAGACACUAGUGGGGUGUUUGGAAAGGAGGGGUGUAACUUGUGGCAGUUGUGAAAGUCACUGUAGAUGGUUGAUGGGGAGGCAAGGUCUGUCAGACCAAAGAGAAGAUAAUGUGAAUACAAACAGGUCAGGGACGUAAAGACAAAAGUGGUGGAGCAUGGGGAAAAGGGCACCAAAGGAGGUGGGAGAAUCAAUAAACAAAUCAAAACACUUGCACCAUAUAAAUAAAUCUUCCAUACUCAUACACAGGUUUCAAGUACACUCCUCAGUCACACACACACAAUGAAACAGAUUUCAACCCUUUGUUCACACACAUGAUGAGACAAAUUUCUAAAUACAAUUCAUCAUUUACACAUGCUUACUCUCUACACACAUACAACCCUGCUUCACACUCACAAAUGCACUCCUAAAAUCUCACACAAACUGCUAAGAUGUACUCCUAUCUUUAAACACAGACACUCCAUACAACUCUAUCCCUGAGAUGUCCUGCAUGGACAGACUAUAGACACCAGAAUCACUACAUUAUGCUGUAGUGGUUCUGAUGACUAUAGUGUCCUUUUAACCAAUAAGUGUCCUUUUGAUGCAUACAAUUUCAUCCCAUUGUAGCAGUAUUAGUGCUACAACAGCUAGAGUGUGACAUGUUGGCCUUCAUAGUCUAAGAUUGAUGUCAUUUAUCUCCCUCUAUCAAGCUACACCCUUUCUCAAUAAUGUUAUCAUGAAUUAGACAGUGAGAUUCCUUGAUUUCCUUAACUGUUUAAAAACAAAUUCUCCCCAGGAUGGAGCCCUCUUUUUCCUGUUCUAAAUAGAAAUCCAGAUAACAAGUAAUUGGCUUUAGUCUGUUCCCUUCCAAAAUGUUUAUGAGAAAGAUUUUGUUAUUAAUAAACUAAUCAGAAGAGCUAAAAAAAAACAUUUUUUUAAAUUCAGGCUUGUUACAAUAUUAAUUUAUGGACUCAAUUAAUUUUAGAUUACACUAUAAUGUGCCCACAUAUAAGAUGAAUUUUUUGUCUCAUUCCCCAAUAUUUUAUACAAGGCUAAGAAAUAUAUACUUAAUUUUAUUCUUGUCAUGAUAUAAGCUAUGUUGUUGCCAUAUUGUGUAUAGUUAUAGUAGUAUGCUGCCAUCUAGUGAGUGUAUCUGGUAUAUUAUCGUUUGAAUAGAGUUUCCUGCUUCAGGGAAAAUUACUGGGACAAUAACAAGAGAUUUGUGAAAGCCUGGUGCUGCAGGUGUUAAACAUGUCUUGAGUAACCUGUUAUAAAUUGGUUUAGUCUAGGGCAGGAAUGUGUUUUAGGAUGUUAGAGAGCACUUCCUUUAAUUAUAUCCACGGUUAUGUUUUCCUUUUUGUACGGAAGUCACUUACACUGUUAAACACCUUGUAAACGAAUAUAUAUUAAAACAAUAUUUAAACUUAGAUUGCAUUCUCAGUAGGGUAUGAAUACUCUAUCCUGCUGUAUCUACAUGUAUAGACUCACAGUAUAUCUACUGUACUUACCAAUCUUCGAUAUACUGUAAAUGUGACCAAUAAGUUACUUUUAUGGUUUUUUUUGUUUUGUUUUUUAAUUGUGGUAGCCCACAAAAUAUUGGUACAUAUAAAAAAAAAAAACACAACUCUGUUCCGCAGAGUAGCUGUUGACAUUAUAGUCGCGCAGGCAUUUUGUUGACUCUAGAGAACCUCAGGCCAAUCGUACAUCCCCGUGACGGCGACUUUGCAUUCGGAUGUCAUCCAUAUCAACUUUCGAUGCCAGUUUCUGUGCCUACCAUGGUGACCACGGGUAACGGGGAAUCAGGGUUCCAUUCUGUACAGGGACCCUGAGAAACGGCUACCACAUGCAAGGAAAAAAAAAAAAAAACAUUGACUUUUUAAAACUCCAAUGUAAGCAGCAGAUUAGCAGGAAAACAAUUAGAAUGUUUACAACUGCGCAGUAAGCGCACUAUUUGACGCUUCGAUUUGACUCUCAAAUAUGAAGAGCAGGCCCCAAAAUUUACUAUUUAGCAGAUUAACAGCAAAACAAUUAGAAUGUUGACAGCUGCGCUGUAAGCACACUAUUAGAUGCUUCUAUUUGACUCUCAGAUAUGAAGAGCACGCCCAAAACGUACUAUUUAGCAGCAAAACAAUUAGAAUGUUUACAACUGCGCAGUAAGCGCACUAUUUGACACUUCGAUUUGACUCUCAGAUAUGAAGUGCACCCAACUAAAAUACUAUUUAACAGUUUAGCAUGCAAAAAAUGUGACAGCAGUAUUUGACGCUUCUAUUUGACUUGUCAGAUUUGAAGUGCACCCCAUUUAUGUACUUUUUAGCACCCAAAAAAUUUUAAGUUUUAAAACUUCAAUGUGAAAGCUGUAUUUGACGAUUCUAUUUGACUCUUCAGAUAUGAACUGCACACCACUAAUGUACUAUUUAGCACAAAAAAAAAAAAAUGGACUUUUUAAAAACUCCGAUGUAACCGCGGUAUUUGAAGCUUCUAUUUGACUCUCAGAUAUGAAGUGCACCCCACUAAUGUACUAGUUUGCUGAAUUCUUUCCUAAGCUGUCCCUCACAGCGGCAGCAUCCUCUCCCUACACUAAUAAAACCUCAUGUGCGUGCGGCACUACGCAACUCCAGCUUAUGUAUAGAGGCUGGGUCACAAGCCGCACUGGCCAAGCUUCUAAGGGCACACGAGUCAAAUGCUUGUUGAUUGGCUGCCCUGCAGCCUUUGAAAACGUGCCAUUAAAUCACGAACACCGAACUCCAACCCGAACAAACAGUGAUAUGUCCGUGUUCGGGUCCGGGGUGUUAGGGUUCGCUGAACUCUACUCACUAACAUAGAUUUAGACAGCGUUGUGAAAAGUAUUUGAGAGAAAUAGGCCUUUUGUGUACAUAUAAAAAGUCUUAGAUCUUCGAGUUCAGCUCAUGAAAAAUGGGGGCAAAAACAAAAGUGUUGCAUUUAUAGUUUUUCUCAGUGUAUAUUACUUGAUGUAUGCCUUUUUAGCUGAACUUGGAGAAUAAGUUAGUCCUAGUGUAAGUAUAUUUAUCGCAGUUGCGCUGUUAUCAACCUGUAACCUGUAUUUCUAACCAUAUAUUGUCACUCUAUAUGGGUCUCUCCACCUCAUUUGCAAUAAUAAAAAAAAAAAGUUAAAAAUGGUGCUCUGUUUUUAUGUUUCCAUCGGAUUGGUUUAGGAAUAAACAAUGGAACAAGGCAGAGAUGUCCUUUGUCUCCUUUGCUGUACACUUUAUAGAUAUAACCAUUGGCAGUCUUAACUAGGCAGACAAGGGAGAUAAAGGGAAUAAUGUCACUAUAUGUAAAUUAUGGGUUCUUGUCCCUGAUGGGCUCCUUGGAAUCCAUACCAGAUAUUUUUAGUUUGAUCCAUGAUUUUAGAAAAAUGUAAUGUAAUAAGAUAAAUAAGUAAAUAAAUAUCAGCAUCCCUGAUGCUGACUUACAAAUCUUAAAAAAAUAAGUUUCAUUUUGAUUGGAAGCAACCAGAAUUGACUAUUUGGGGAUAAAACUGAUAUUAGAUCAUGAUUAAAUGGUUCGUACUAACUAUGUUUGUUUAUUUAUUAACUGAUGUAAGAAAUACCCUGACCUAUUAGAAAUGAUUAUAAAUCUCUUGGUUUGGUAGAUUGAAUGUGAUUCAUUCCUAUAUAGUUCCUAAGUUAGUAUGUCGGUUUAGAAAUAUUCCUUUAGAUGUGGAUUCAAAAUUCAUAAUAAAAUUUCAAAAGAUAAUAUCUGAAUCCAUAUGGCAAGGAGGGAAACCCAGAAUCUCAAUAAGCACUCUUUGAAAAACAGCUGGAGAAGGGAUUGUAGCCUUUCUGAUAUUUGUGCAUUAUAUAAUGCUACUAAGUUGGGGCAUCUCUUGGCAUGUGAGUCAUCAUCCUCCUCAGGGGCCUUUUUGAAUGUAGAUGGAGAAGCCUGAUAUAAAGAGUUUGAACCUUAUCAUUUAUUUUGGUUUGAAGGGCAAGUAGUUGAGGGUAAAUAGUCCAAUAAUUGAGAGGAAGUUGGCCAUGAUUAAAAACAUUUAAAAAAAAAAAAAAAAAUGAAUUAACAUUCAAAGUUAGGUGCUACUGUUUACUCCUGUGGAAUGACUAGAACUUUUGAUUGGAUAUAUCGACUUACGAAAAUAGAAACUAAAUAAUAUAACAGAGGUGUUCUGCUUGGUUAGUAAGGGAAUUAUUCUCCUAUUAAUGCAGUUGGAAACACAAUUUGGACUACCAGCAUGAGAAACGUAAGACUUAAUAAUUUUGGGGGGAAUAGAAACAUAAUAGAGAAUCAUGAUGUAGAUUACGUUCUUAAAAUAAAUAAUAAAAAAAUAAACUGAUGUCUAGAUCUCUUAACUCCUACAGAAUUAGGUACCUUUGGAAAAAAAAAAAAAAAAGUAUAGAUGGGAGUGAGACCUAGGCAAUAUAUAUAUAUAUAUAUAUAUAUAUAUACACACACACACACACACACACAUACAUACAUACAUACACACACACACACACACAAGAUGAUUGGAUACAAGGUAUAAUUUUGUUAGUGAAUAUAUACAAAUCCUUGUUGGAAACACAUUCUAAGUUUGUUUAUAGAAGCUAUUUGGUUCUCACAAGGUUAUGCAGGAUACAAUCUCAGUUUUCGUCCUUAUGUUGGAGAUGUUGUAUGGAGAGGCAUUCUUUGAUGCAUAUAUGGUGGAAGUGCAAUGAUUUGACACCUAUUCAUGAAAAAUUGAGGAAUCUUUUGAGUACUAUGAUCCAGGACUAACUUAUGAUUUUACAGUGGUUCUUUUUCCAUAUCACUUUCCUAAUGUGUAAUUCUUAUCAGAAGAGCUUGUUGGUGCAUAUAUUUAUGGCCACAUAAUUGUGUAUUACAAGGAACUAGAAAAAGCCAGAUGCUUUAAUAUGGAAGGAAAUCUUAAAUCAAAUAGACUAUCAAUAUUAGACAUGUGCAUUCGUUUUCGUAUGAAUAUGAUUUCAACGGAAAUUCAGGUUUUUGUAUUAGUUUACUAAAACUUAAACAAAAAUAUAAAUGAAAUGAAAGGGCGUUUUGUCUUUCAACUUGUGUUUGUAGAAAAUAGCACUGUGCAUGCGCGAAAGAAAAACAAGGAGGGAGCCAGCAGCUCCCUCCUUGUAAUAAAUAUAAAUUCCAUUAAACCUAUGGGGGUCACUAUGACCGCCAUAUUAAUAUAAGGGAGGUUAAAUCUUCCCGCAUGCCCCUACUCGCGACAUGCCGCCUAUUUUAGCAAUAGCUGCCCAGUCACUAGUAGUUUUAAAUGACAGCGAGCGCCACUGGCUGCUUGGUGUUUAGGCUACAUGCCCCUUCUCACGGCAUGCCGUGAUUAGGGGCAUGCGGGAGGAUUUAACUUCCCUUUUAUUAAUAUGGGGGUCAUAGUGAUCCCCAUAGAUAUUAAUUCAGGGGGGUAGGAAUGGUUAAUGUUUAUUACAAGGAGGGAGCUGGUAGCACUGCUGGCUCACUGGUGCACAAAAUUUCACUGGUGCACAUGUCUAAUCAAUAUAAUAUGGAGACGAGACUUCUAGGGGAGCGUAAUUCCUGUCAGAAUCAUAAUAAUGACAUGUAAAUAAUACAGAGAUGGUGACGAAUUGUGAUACCAUCCACUUAUGGGAUCUACCCCACCUCCUGAUUUUCCCUUUCCAGCUAUUUAAAUAAUGGUAUAUGAAUGAAUGAAUGAAUGAAUAUGAAUGUGUUUAAGAUGAAGCAAGCAAAUUACGAUUGGUAUAGGAAACAAUAGGUCAGUCUAAAUUACAAUGUUGACUUAUAUUGAGGGAUUCUAGUAUAUCUCUUGAUCUUUACAUUUGUGACCUUAUUUUUUUAUUAAUGGUAGUAACUUCUGUCAAUUUACAAAUAUUUUCUAUGGAUGUUAUUGUAUAUAUAAUUAUUGUUAAGACAAAAUUACAAAAAUAAUCAUCAGUGUCUGUAAUCCAAAAAAAAUAAAAUAAAAUGGUGGUCUGUGUGAAUAUAGUGUCCCUUUAACACUUAUUUUAUAUAAUAAAUAAUAGAUGGCAAAAUUUAAAGGAUCACUUUAGUGUCAGGAAAACAAAGCAGUUUUCCUGACACUAUAGUGCCCUGAGGGUGCCCCCACCCUCAGGGUCCCCCUCCCUUGGCGCUGAAGGGGUUAAAACCCCUUCACCUACUUAUCUUAAGCCAGUGCCGGGCUCGAUCGGCGCUGGUGACCUCCCCUCCCCGUCCGACGUCAGCUCCCCCGUCUGACAUCACUGGAGCCGAAUGCGCAUGCAAAGUUGUUCUCUGAUUGAAGUGUGCCUUGGUCCAAGAAAAGGUUGGGAAUUACUUUUCUAAAGCACUCUACAAUGACUUCUCAUUCCCCCUUUAAGAACUAUAUAAUUUUGAACUUCCAUCUUUCCUAUCCAUCAAAUUGUGAGUUCCCUCUCUCCCUGAGCUCUCAGACCUGACUGGUAUCCAUAUACAGUAUGGUGUUUUUCUAGUCUUGUCCGAGAUAUCCAAUAUAAAUUACUAAGAUAUAUAAAUUCUUUGUAAAGGUCAGUAUCAAGGCAAAUCUUAUUGCGGUCUUUUCUGAAAGGUAAAAAAAAAAAAAAAUAGGGAUGUGCAUGGGGAAAAAAUUUGGUAAGGCAUUCCGAAAUUCUGAACUUCGGCAAUUCAGCUAUUCGGACAUUCAGAAAUCUCAGAAUUUGCCGAAAUUCGUUCGAAUUGACAUUCAGUUACUUGACAAUGCAAAUAAUUAUAAAGCUAACAAUUCGGUUUAGCUAGUUGCAUAUACUACAUAUGUUUUACAUCUCUCUAGUAAAGUUAUAAAUUACUAAGAUAUAUAAAUUCUUUGUAAAGGUCAGUAUUAAGGCAAAGCUUAUUGCGGUCUUUUCUGAAAAGGUAAAAGAAAAUUAUGAAAAAAAACUAGGGAUGUGCAUGGGAAAAAAAAAAUUUGGUUUGGCAUUCUGAAAUUCGGGACUUCAGCUAUUCGGACAUUCGGAAGUCUCCGAAUGUCCGAAUUGACAUUCAGAACGAAACGAACUGCACAUGUCUAAAAAAAACACCACAUAUUUCACUCACUACCUGUCAGGGUCUUACCUGAGUUGGGAGUCUGUAGCACAGAUAUGAUGCUCACCCUUGCAAAUAGCCACAGGCCAAGGUGGCUAGGUAAGAAUUCACCUGGCCUGUGUACAGGAUGAAGUUCCAAAACGCAGCAUAGGCAAGGACUCAAACAGCAGGCUAAUCAAGGGAUAGCCGAGGUCAAAGGAUGCCAGAGGACAGGAACAACGAGGAAUAGCCGGAGUCAAGGGAUGCCAGAGGUCAGAGUAAACAAUGCCAGGAGCCGGGGUCAAUAUGAAGCAGAGAAUCAAUAGACAGGAACACUGGUACGAGCGACACACACACAGCGAGGCUGAAUUUAUAUACCCUGCUGAUAUCUGAUCAGGAUCAGGUGAUGCACGGCUAAUGACAAGGACCAUCUCCCAGUGCUGCAGACAAGCCAGUACCCAGGUUCGAAUCCUGACAGUACCCCCUCCUCAAAGCCGCCUUUAGGCGAGAAAAGAAAAGCAACUGGAGUGGAGGACAUAGCCUGUAGAGCCUUUUCAAAAAUGUGUAAGUCCUCAUUACAGACUAGAGUCCCAUUCGAGGUGUAGGUACAGCCAGGAGGAGGAAGUUUCUCCACCAAACAAGGAGCAGAUGUUUCAGGAACUACUGGAGAGAGGUUAAGAUCGGUCAAGGAUUUGGUGCGAGUCUUAUUCUCUGGACCAGAUAACUCUUCUUUAGGUGGAGGUUCAGAUCUCUCAGGGGUACUCUCAGGGGUAGGUUAUUCAUUACAGUCUGAGUACCCUUCUGUAUUACAGAAUGGGGACAAGGCUGGCAGCUUCUAGGCUGUAUCUCUGAGUUGAUUGGAUAAGUCCGUAGGGCACCCAAUAGAAGAGGUCUUUGCCUAGGUGGACGAAUUGGGCAGAGAGAGAUGAAAUGCCCUCUUUCUCCACAAUAGAAACAUAGUCCAUGGCCUCUCUUCUGGUCUUUUUCCUCACGCGUCACUUUGCAGUGGACGAGUCCUAUUUGUAUAGGUUCCUCAGGGUCAAUAGGAACACAGGAUACCUCUGGUGUUCUCCUAGGAAUAGGAUCGCAAGGAGGCAACACUGGGGUGUAGCGUUGGUACUGGGUUUCUUGGUUUCUAAUAAUCUGGGGUCUUUUGGUAUGUGGAACAGGCUUUGACACAGUGGUCUUGCAUUGCGAUUCCAUAGCAGUAGUGAAGGAUUCCCAGCUGACAAGGACAGGACUCUUCGUCAUCAACAUUUGGUGAGCCCAUUCUUUGAUGCGUCCAGACAACAGGUUGAUAGCCAGUCUGACCUUGAUGAAAUCUAUGACAUAUGUUCGGGGCUGGGUGUACUGCGCCUUUAAGAAAAAAAAUUCUCGUUGCAGCUCUGAAACAGUCUAGCCAGGCUGGACACUUGCUGGAACAGGGGUGAGCUCAUCUCUGUGGACUCCAUAUUGAUCAAGUCUUAUGUCAAGGUCUUACCUGAGUUGGGAGUCUGUAGCGCAGAUAUGAUGCUCACCCUUGCAAAUAGCCACAGGCCAAGGUGGUCAGGUAAGAAUUCACCUGGCCUGUGGAUCUGUGCACGGGGCUGUGCAGGAUGAAGUUCUAAAAUGCAGCACAGGCAAGGACUUAAACAGCAGGAUAGUCAAGGGAUAGCCAAGGUCAAAGGAUGCCAGAGGACAGGAACAACGAGGAAUAGCCGGAGUCAAGGGAUGCCAGAGGUCAGAGUAAACGAUGCCAGGAGCCGGGGUCAAUAUGAAGCAGAGAAUCAAUAGACAGGAACACUGGUACAGAACACACACAACAGGAUCAAAGACUUGAUCCAGAUCACAGGGCAAGGCUGAGUUUAUAUACCCUGCUGAUAUCUGAUCAGGAUCAGAUGAUGUACGGCUAACAACAAGGGCCAUCCCCCAGUGCUGCAGACAAGCCAGGAUCAAUAGAACUGAAAUAGCUGGAAAGAAACAAAGCUACUGUGGCUCAGAGGUAGGAAGUAGGACCAGAACCACCAAGUACCCAGGUUUGAAUCCUGACACUACUGUCAGCUAUAGAAAUUCAGCAUCAAUCAAGUAACAGCUUAGUAAAACUAUCCACAAGUCAAUUGUUAUAGCAAUACAAUUUACGAUGUAUAAUCUUAAUUAAGGUGAUAUGUCAAUCUUCUAAAGUGGGAUAAUGGUAUUAAACAGAUAUGAAGUCAUGCACACCUGACAGCUACAUGACAAUUUCAGGGUAUGUGGAGAAGAUAGGUGAGAUUAUUUGAAAUUAUAAGUGGGAUUAAUGGACAAGGAAAUGCAGAACUUGGAUAUAAGGGAAUACCUUACAUCAUGUUCUGUUUUACAUUAAUAAUGGUAGAAUAUAUUUUACUUAACAGUGCUCCAGUUACUUAUGUGUAAAAUUAAGUAUUUUUUAGCAUAACCAAUAAAAUAGAAUAACAUAUCAUAAACAAUCUUUUAAAAUAUCUACCGCACAUUUCCAAAUUAAACAAAGAUCUUAAAUCCAUCUUUAUAAAGUCAUCUCGCAACAUGUAGCAUGCAAAAAAAAAAAUAAGAUAAAAAUAAACAUAUGACUGCUAACAACAUCUUGUGUUUAGAGUUCAAAAUGAAUGUCUUCCAUCCAAUUGUAUUUAUUUAUUUAUUCUUUUGGAAAAGUGGAAACGGAAGUGGAAAUUUUCCAGUUCAUAUAGCCUUGAUAUAGUUUUCUUGCUGCAGAUGUUUGAGAACUACAUUUCCUAGAAUUCUCAGCCCGUCUUAAUUAUGACUUUUAUUUGGCUGUAGAAAUGCAGAUCAUGUUACCUAAAUUUGUUCACGGCCCUCUAAACAUACAAGUAAAUUGUCAUUUUAUUUAUUCUGUCUUAACAACAUAGCCCUGUCAAAAGAGAAAAAAACGAAUAAUCUUGCAAAUGGAAAAAUGGAAAAUGAACCAAAAACUUUCUUUACAAGGCUUGCAUCUGUGUUCUGCAGCUGUCGAGUGUAUCCCAUGUUAUGUGCCUAUGUGGUAAGAGAUUAGAGAAGAGGAAAUCCCUGACCAUCAUCAAGGACGUGUGCCAAGUGGGUAUUAAAGUUCUAGAUCCAUGCCAAAAAGAAAGUAGAAUAGAGCUAAUGUUGUAAAUGUAAUAGUUUGGCAAAACAACAGUAAGCAGCAUAUUCAUCUCUUGAUAUUCCAAUGCAUUUAGAACCACAAAUCACAUUCUAAACUUAAAGGGGAAACGUUGCUUAUCAAUGUUUACAUUUUGAUGGUCAGUUUGCAAUCUGGAGAUGGGUUUUCGACAAUAACACUCGAUGCUUUAUGAAUUUAUUGCUAAAAAAAAAAAAAUACAUAAUGGCCUUGUCCUUUUCUCAGACCGCUGCUGCUCCCUCUUACCUCAAGAUUCUCCCUGAGUGGCUGUGUAAGUCACAUGACUCCAAUAAGGACACAGUGUCACUUCCUAUGGCUUGUAUACUCACAAACUUCAGAUACUAGGACACCAGAAAGAAAGAAUAUAUAGGUUUAUUUACCACAAUUGGGUAAUCAUUCAUCUGUCUGUAAUUGGAAGGGAUAAAAAACGAUUUGUUUGAAAAAAAUAGAGGGAUUGAGUCAAAGUUGUAUUUAUUUCUUUAGUUCAAAAUAUGUUCUUUAAUAAAAGACCGGAGAGUGCAUCUCUUUUCAAGGUAUAUAUAUCUCCUAACACGGCAUUACACCAGGGCAUUAAACUACAAAGCAGGAGAAAGUUGUUAGUGUUGUUAGUGCCAAGCUACUUAUCUUUAUAUAUAUAUAUCAGAUAUAUAUCAGAUAUAUAUAUAUAUAUAUAUAUAUACAAAACUUGAUUUAUGUAUAUUCUGUGUUUAAGGGAACUAAAGAGAUAAAUACCACUUUGACUCAAUCCCUCUAUUUUUUCAACCAAAUCAUUGUUUUUUAUCCCUUCCAAUUACUGACAGAUGAAUGAUUACCCAAUUGUGGUAAAUAAACCCAUAUAUUCUUUCUUUGUGAAAAACUGUACACAUGCUGGUGUCCUAGUUAUAUUGUAUAUGUUAGUCUACAUAUACAAAGGGGAAGGAAAUCAGAUGGGUCAUCGCUGAAAAGGUUAUCAAUGUAUAAAUUAUUUAACUAUUGAUAACAGUAUGUUUUAACCUACAAUGUCAUACAUUCACUUUGCCCUACUUAGGUUUGAUUUUCACCAUAUUCACCUAGGUUUGACAAAAACACUAUCCAUGUCAGAAUGUUGCAAGGUCCAAAAUUAGCAUUUUCAAUUGGAUGUUAAAAUAAAAUUAAUUAACUGAGAAGUAAAAAAUUCUGAGUAUUUGUUUACUUUGGUGCUGAAGAAUGAGGCGGGAGUCUUACGUGAAUUAAGUAAAUUCUGUUUCACAUUAUUACUUACAUGGGAAAGACAAAAGAAAAUUUGGGGCAUAACAGGAACAUGCAUUUUGCAGGAAUAGUGCUGCCGUAGAGACCAAAAUAUAUAGAUAAUACAGAACACACAUAGAAAUAUAUUUUUAAAUGUGAUAGGGCUUCUUAAAAUCACCUAUCUCAGCAAACAAAUAAGAAUAACCAAUUUAGUGUAGGACCCACUGAUAUUGGGGCGCUUUGAAGUUGUGUUGAGCUUAACACAAAAUGGCCGUAUGGUGGAACUGAAUCCCCAUAUUUGUUUGCUGAGAUAGGUGAUUUUACAUAGCCUUAUAGAAAUUAAAAACCUAUUUCUAUGUUCACGCUGUUCCUUAAUCUGCAAUACUACCUAUAUGCUGAAUUUUCCUCACAGGUAUCAAACCUGAUACAAAAUUCUUGAAAUGUAACAAUAUCCAUAUAGAUAAAUGGAUAGAUUGAUAGACAAACAUACAGAUAUAUUAUAUUAUAUUAUAUUAUAUUAUAUUGAUAUGUACAAUCUACAAUGGAGCAUUUAGCAUUCUCUUGCAAAUCCUAAGAAUUAUUACCAUUCCAGCUCUCUUGCAUAUUAUGCAUAAUACCAAACUAUUUCAAAUAUGCACUUUGUCAGCAUAGAAGAACAAUCAAUCACUUUGUGACAUUCCCAAAGAGUUAUGAAUGGAAUGAUGUGGAUAGAAAUGCUAAUGAAAUAAGACACAUAAUAGCAAGAUUGGAACUGAAGCAAAACAGGUCUGAGAAAACGACAGACCUGUCAGACUUUAGAAUUCUUAAUAAAUAUUUUUCUUUUACAUAAUUAUUCCUGACAUCAGUGCAGGUGACUCUGUACGGUUUCUUCAAAGCUUCAAAAAAAAAAAUAUAUAUAUAUAUAGUUGUCAUUAGACCUUGAUUUAAUAUUGUUGGAUAAGCUUUUCAAAUGAUUUCAUAUUUUUGGAUAAACAUUUAAAAUAUUUUUUUUCAUCAAUAUAUAAAAAUAUCAAGAUAUCAGAAAACAUAAAAUAUUUUUCAUGACAUUAAGUCAUUUGAAAAUUUCAUCCAAAAAUAUGAAAUAAUUUGAAAUGUUUUUCCAACAAUAUUAAAUCUAGGCCAUAAUGUAGUUGGCAAUAAUAUUUGCUGCAUUUUCAGUUGCUUUGUUCCCAAAACAGUCAAAACACUGAUGAUGCAAUAAAAGGAGUAUUCUGAUUAUGACAGCAUCCUCUUAGCGUUCUCAUUCUCACCGAACGAUCUUUGAAGUACGACCAAUAUCGCUUAUCUUCCAGCCUUGUGGGUAAAUUUCGCUUUGAAAAGUAUCUGUGUAAUGUAAGUUUACGGAUGAACUUCUGUAUAUCUAUGAAAAUGUUAAAAUAAUUAGGUGGGUGUGUGGGUGCAAAUUGUAGCCCAUAUUGGAGUAUCUGUUCUUCUUCUUGUCUCAGACUAUAGUCUGAGAUGUUAAUCAUUGAAUUUAUUUUUCCAAUCUUGCACUUUUUCAGUUGGACUCUAAUUCCUGCUCAGCUUCCUCUUUUUCUAUGUUUAUUUUUACUUGUCGAUUGCUUCAUACUGUCUCGCUUCUCUUGGGGGUUAUCUUUAGACCCUCCAUAUCUCUCCAUUGUGGGUGAUGUCUGUUUGUUUUCCUCUGGUGUCUCCCUAAAAAAUUGGGGGAGUUGUUCUCUGAUUCCAUCUCUAAGCUCCAAGAGGGUCUUGUUUUAAGGUAGGCUCCUUCUUCUGUAUAGUUCCUGGGAUAUAUGUGUAUUCCUCUCUCUGGGUAUCAGUUCUGGUUGAAAUAUUUCUGUUGCUGGACUCUUUCAACUCCUAUAGCCCUUUCAUGACUUUUCUGGAUACUUUGGGGGGUAUGUUUGAAAUUUUUAUUUCUUUCUAUUUGUUCCUUCUCUAGCCACUUUUAAUUCCUUCUUACUGUUGUCCAACGUGUUGUCGUAUAUGUUUCUCAGAUUCAAACCAUCUGCCAAGGUUAUAGUCCUCCUGGUCUCUUUUAAGUUUCUUCUGUUUUUUUAGUUUAGUUUCUUUUUCCAAUUUUUCCAUUCUAUCCAUCACCUUAAUUUUUAUUUUGAUACUCCGAGGAUCCUCUUUUUACAUUUCGAGCUUCUCUUGUAAAUCCUCUACCUUCUGUUGGUAGAGCUUAGUUUUAUUGUCUCUAUAUUUAAUUAGAAUGUUGAUGAAGGUUUUGGAACAAAGUUCCAUGGCCUCCUCCUAUGCUGUUUGGUAUUCCAUCUCAUCUAGCAUAAAGAUGGAUUUCUUAUUCAUUCUUAACCCUCAAGGUACCAAGUUAUUUUUCUCAUAUUGUUCUAAUGAGAUUAGAUACCAUUUUUUUAAAUUUCUUUAGCAUAAUUCCUUUCUAAUUCUUUAAAUAAAUAGUCUGGUGUCCAGAUAGCAGAAUCAUUUCCUGUAUUUAUUGUCUGUUAAUUAAUCUCUAGAUCUAUUGGUUCUGCCUGAGUACUCUGAAAAUUUAUAAGUCAUAUUCUAAAGUCUAUAUCGAUAAAAAUAGCAGGCUAAGGUGGGUGGAGACAGAAGGGAAACAAAAAGAAAAAAGAGUUCUAGGGUAACAGAAGGAAAAAUUGUCCAGGAAUGGUUUGAUGAACAGGACCACAAAUUUAAGGUGUUGCCUUGGCCUUCAAAUUCCCCAGAUCUCAAUCCAAUUGAGCAUCCGUGGGAAGUGCUGGAACCCCAAAUCCAAUCCAUGGAGACCCCCCUCUUCCUUAAAGGACUUAAAGGAUCUGCUGCUAAUGUCUUGGUGCCAGACACCAUGGGACACGUUCAGAGGUCUUGUGGAGAUUUUUUUAGCAGCAUGAGGGCGACCGGCACGCCAUUAGGCAGAUGGUUUUAAUGUUGUUUAUGAUCAGUGUAUAUUUUUACAAUUAUUUGGUUAAUUCAAGGUUCAAUAAAAAGAUCAAGAAUAUUCAAGGUAAUGUCACGGCCCCCGGCUCCAAUCGGUGCGACCGCACUGCUCGGCGAGCCGGGAGCCAACCCACUGGGGCAUCUGUCCCCUCUGCCAGCAAACAAGAUGGUGCCAACCUAGCGGUCGCUGCCAUUUAUAGCUCCGUCCCCCAGGGUCACGCGAACGUGCGUGUGACAUCACGACGUCGGUGCACACGCAUGUUCUGUGUUCAUAGGUCACGCUCUGACCAAUCACAGCAUGAGGAGGGGUAUUUAAAACCCUGAAGUUCCCUCGCUCAUUUCCCUGUCAUGGUUUCCAUUCCUGGUUCCCGAGAGUGCAUUUUCUUAUCUUGUAUUUGAUCUUCAAGGUAUCUUGACCUUGGCUAUUCUUGACUACUCUGAUUUCUGGUUUCCCUGACUUGGCUUUCUUUUCGUUCUCGUGUAUUUCUAGCUUCCUUGACCUCGGCUUUCCCUUGACCAUUCUCUGUCUUUCAAAGUAUUAAUCCGGCAAUUCUAAGGACCGGUUUACUAUGUAGAUAUUACAUAGUUCUGUGUGCUGGACCACACUAGCAGUCGUGACAGGUAACAGUUUCAUAAAACGUCAGGGGGGGUAGAAAGAUAAAGAAAAAAAAGAGGUGGGGAUGGACAAAUAUUGUUUCAACAAUAGUUGUAGUGACUAAACCGGUUAUAAUCCCAAAGAUGGUAUAUAUUGGGUUAUUCACUAAAGUGAGAAUUCAAGGUAAAUUUAAAGUAAAUUUAAAAUGUAAGGUCAAAAUAGCCAGGCUGAAAAAAGUCAGCUAUGCUAUAAAUUUGGCUACUCUAGCCUUAAAAUUGAAAUUCUGUUUGAAUUCUCAUUUUAGUUAAUCAGCCUGAUCUAUUUUAUGUGUCAGAACCAGUACCUGUUGUGCAAUGAGAUACAAAAUUAAGCCCUAGCAUACUUGUCUGCGUACAGCUCUCUGAGGUUUCAGUGAACGUUAUUACAAUUUUUAUAUUUAAAUAUUAAUAAUUAUUAAACAUCAGAGAAAAAAUUAAAAUAAAAACAAAUAAUCUCAACACUAUUAACAAAUAAAUAGGAAAUAUCUUUCUUAAGUCUAAUUCUUGAAAAAUAUAAACUAUACUUUCUCCGUAUAUCUCUUACUUUUUCUAGACUGCAAGCAGGAUCAAUAAGUAG